AUGAAAUGUUGUGCGUAUGAUAAAGGUUGUCUGUGGCGCGUUAGGGUGAUCAAACCAGUGCUUGGUGAAAAUUGGAAGAUUACGAAAUGGGAUGGAGAUCACAAUUGUUUGAAUGAGCACAUUUCCCAGGGACAUAGACAGCUCGACGCGGACGUUAUUGCGGAUCUCGUUAUAGGGAUGAUAAGGGAAGAACCAUUUGACUCAAUUUCUUUGGUUCAAGAAAGGAUAACCUCUAAAUAUGGCUUUAAAGUUUUCUACAUAAAGGCAUGGUAUGCGAAGCAGAAAGCGAUGGCAAUUAUGUACAGUGAUUGGGAGGAAUCCUAUACUCCGGCCAUGUUUGAUUUUGAAAGAAAUCUUGCGAGCUUCCGUGAAAGUAGUCCUCAAAUUGCUGAGUGGAUUGAUGUCGUCCCUAAGGAAAAGUGGUCGCGUGCCUACGAUCUUGAAGGACGAAGGUACGGGCAUAUGACAACAAAUUUGGCAGAAUCUGUCAACAGGGUUUUGAAGGGGGCCAGAAAUAUGCCGAUAACUGCAUUGGUUAAGCACACAUAUAGCAGAUUGGUUCAUUAUUUUGUUAAGAGAGGUACAUCUGCCGUUGCGCAACUUCAAUCAUCUCAUUGUCAUUGCAAAAAUGUUGUUGAACUGGUCAAGAAGAAUCAUGUACAUGCAACAGGCCACCAUGUUCGUGCAUACAACGUGGAUCAUACUGUCUUCGAGAGAUUUUGUCAAUAUGGAAAGUUUAAGGCCUUUAAGUACCCGUGUAGUCACGCCGCUGCUGCUGCUUUAAGUGUUAGGCAGAGUCCUUUCACGUACAUAGACGAUGUCUUCUUGACAACUAACUUGGUCGAGGCUUAUUCUUUUCCGUGGGAGCCAAUCAGAAAUGAGGAAGCAAUACCGCCAAGUACAGGUCCAAAGAUUAUUCCCGAUAACACUAUGUUGCGUGCAAAAGGUCGUCCAAAGUCAACUCGCAUACGCAACGAGAUGGAUGAAGUCGAGACAAGUCAAAGCCGUAUCAGGUGUGGACUUUGCAAGGAACGCAGCCAUAAUCGGCGAGCAUGUCCAAAUCGUGGGAGAAACGACUGA